GUUCUACCCGAGCCCUGGUGUCACUGCACACUGGUGUCAUCAAGCAGCGACUAACGUGUUGACGGCGAAUCAAACCAUCACAAAGAUACCUUGUGGUCCAUAACAUUUUGUUAAUUAUAUUAAUUCAGACGCCGAAUAAUUGGAUAUUAAGCAAUUACAAGCAAGGCUUUCGUUUGGGAUCCUAUGACUCCUCCUUCCACUCAGCUACUAGAAUGAAUCAUCUUCUGAGAAAAAGGCUUCCUGCUUCUGUGCGGAGUCUUCUGACGGACAUUGGCCCUAAAGAAGAGUCUCUCUGCAGCGAAUGGACAGACUCUGAACCGGAAACCAUAUGCAACGAUGGGAUUCUCCUUCCCUCCAGAAAGACGAACAGCAACGAAGAAUUUCUCACCCCAGCCAGCACACAUCAGCACCACAAUGAACUCACUACUGAUAGUAGUAACACGAACCAAGGCACAGUGUGCGGAUUGUGCAAGUCAAAGCCUUCCUGCUACACCUGCCCUCGAUGCAACAUGCCCUACUGCUGCCUUGUGUGCUAUCGGAGUACGGAUCACAUCUUGUGUUCUGAGGAGUUCUACAAACAGUCUGUUUUACAGGAGCUGAAGGACAUGGGCGAGUCGGCUGCUGGCAGUAGAAAGAAGAUGCACGACAUUCUGCUGGGACUCAAACAGAAGGCAGAAGAGACGGACGGAGGCAUGGGGAAUCUUUUCAGAGAGGAUGGUUUAGACUCAGAUGAUCACGAACAUGGACAGGCAGAGAUAUUGGAGCUGCUCUCUAGGUUAUCUAAGUUUCAGCAGUCAGGGUCAGGCGACGAAGGAGAAAUAGCUGGUAUUUUAAGAAGACUGGAAGAAAUUGGUGAAAUGGAUGAUAGAAAUGCAGAGCUGCUGGGUUCAGUCAGUGUUGGAGACAUAGCUGAUGAGCCUGAGGAAGGGCAGAACUUAGCUGACAGACUGUCAGGGUUAGAUAUUGACUCGCUCUCUGAGGAGGCAAUGUGGGAACUUCUGAACAGCCAGGAGAAGGAGAGGUUUUUGGAUUUGAUGAAGGGUAAGGAGCUGGAGCAGCUGUUGCCCCUGUGGAGGCCAUGGUGGGAGGCGCAUGAAGAGGUAGGGGGGUCCAAGGUGGAGGUUUUGGGGGUGGAGGAGAACAUUGAUGGACAGAUAGAGGGGGUUUCAAGCUGUGACACAACCCAAAAGACCAAAGAGGGGUUGGAUCAUAUUAUAGACAAUUCGGCCUUAGAACCAGUUCUGAUUGGGAUUGAAAACAAAAAGGAAGGGCAAACGAAGAGAGAUGAACAUGCAAUUUUACCAGCUUCCACAGUUCCUCCAAUUUCUGCCAAGAUCCAAAUGCUUAGUUCUCUAUCUUCAAAUCCAUCUCCUCUUGUUUGCUAUGGAUUGGUGAAUGCCCUUUUUGGCUAUACCUUCACUCUGACCUUGUUCAACGGAGAUGUUGAUUCAUUGAACCAUGAGGUGUGCGAUGCAAUCCUAGAUGUGUCCGAGGCCUUGAAUUCAAACAAGAUUUUUGAAAGUGUUCAGCAAGCCUUAGAAUCUGGGGAGGCUGCCACGUUGGCAGGGGGCUACUUUGAUAGGGAAGACCCCUAUGCUAAAGACCGGGCAGUCGAGGCAGUAGCACACAUUAUGACUGGAAGAAGUAGACAGGAUGCUAUUGGCUACUGCCUGGCAGCCUUCAGUCAGCUCCGCACAGUGCUGUCAAAGGCCAAAGCCACCCUGCCAAAGGGGGAGCUGGAGGAGAAGAGGCGGAAGUACUUUCUCGCAGGGAAGAAAUGUGAAUUCUAUCAGGCCUGGGUGUCCGAAAAUGGGCCAUAUUUGCGUUCUUUGGCCAUUGGGCUUUGGCAGGAGCAUAGUGACAGAAUGAACCGAAGAGAAAACCUGGAAAGAGAAACGAGAGCUGUUGAGGCUAGCUGGAAGAAAGGGAAGAGGAAGGGCAAUGGCCCCUUGAUUAAAGAAAUAAAUUGAUUUCACAUGCUCACUUGUUCAUUAAAAGAUACUGUACAUGCGGUUUUAAACAAUGUAUAUUUCAAAUGGUUGAAUAAAAUAUGACACAUGCCUUCUUGUGAAAUAAAUCAUAUUUUAACUGGGUUUUAAUCAUAACAAGUAUGCAAUAUUGUAGGACCUAACAUAUAAAUAUUAGAUUAUAUGAGCGUCCUAACCAGUGGCGGCUGCUGGUCUUUUAAAGAGGGGAAGCUCAUUUUUGGCCUACAUCAAAAUAGUUGUCAAUUUAUUUAUACCUCAAUUCGGCCCUCCGUUCCUUUUCAAGAAAAUGGUCUGUGACCCUGUUAAAUUAAUAAUGGAAGCAAUUUCGCCAAGCAAAUACCAAGAAAUGUGUUGCAGUUUGUCAUUAGAAUUCACUUGCAAAAUCCGCGAUGGGACUGUCACUGAACUCAGAUAGUGAAGUGACUGUGUAUAUCUCAAAAUAGCUGUCAAUCAAAAAGUGAUUCAGACUUUCGACUGAUCCACCAAUCAUAACGCGGAAGCCCAGCGUCCAGGCUAGCCCAGGCCAGCCCACUGCUCCAUCCACCCCCAGAGACGCUGAGCGUCCGGGGGCGGGACAAAUCUGGGCAUUUAUCCAAUGACCGUCGAGUUUCGAGGCAAUGAAAAAAACUGUUCCAUGCAGUCUCAUUGAAGUGAAUGGACGCUCGGCUUCUACGGUCUAAUGCAUUGACAUUACGGGAAUGUAUGAGAAGUUAACAAAAUCGAGUCAGUCUUGGAUAAGAUUCUUAUCGAACUUGUCUUCGAAAUGAACGUAUUUUAACGAAUUUGUAGUCAAUGAAAUGUUAACACAACAAUACAUAUUUGACAAUUUAAUGUUCGAAAUUUUAGGGGAAGCUGAGCUUCCCUUGCAGUCUUAGAGAAAUCGCCACUGGUCCUAACCCUGUGAGAUGCUGAUGCUGUUGCGUCCCACUCUCUCUCAUCUCAUUUCUCAUUGUCCUAUCUUUCUCUGUAUUGUUGUUUUGGGAGUAUUUGUAUGUAUGCAUGUAUGUACCGUACUGUUCAUUUGUAUCCUUUUUGUUUUGUGUUUUUUGUAAAGCGUCUUUGGGUACCGAGAAAAGCGCUAUAUAAAACCAAUGUAUUAUUAUUAUUAUUAUUGACUAAAAUUAAACAGUGCAAGCGUGCUGCCUUUAGGGUGACGUCACUAAUAACAGCGGUCCAGCAAAACAGUAUUGUUUAUGUAUAGAUAUAUUUUUGUGUGUAUCA